CUCGUUUACUGAUUUUCACCCGGAAUACAAGCUGGAAUUAAACGGACUUUCCUGGAAAUUGACGAUUGGCCUUAAGAGUUUGGAUUUCUUGAAUGAACUACAGAUCAAGACACCACUGACCUUUUCCAGGAUUUAAACAUGACACUUUUUUAACACAACGGUGCACUGAUCAUCAUGCUGCAAGUUUUGGAUCCAAACUGAGUAAAUACACACUUUGACCUCCUGAUCCAUACAUGUUUUGGCAGACAGUUUAAGACACACUGUCACUACUGUUUCCCAUGAUGUGACUGGCUCUGGAGGUGACCAUCUCACCUACCAUGAUGGAAUCUGCUCUGUCGCCUUUCACAGACCCUCUCCACCUCAACAGCUAUGUCAAUAUCAGCAACAACAGCUGGAGUGACCUCCUCGACGCUGACUCACUGAGGAGCAAUCACACCCUAAACCUGCAUGGCCACUUCCACAGCGCCCUUCUGGGGGUCUGUCUCGGCCUUCUCUCUCUCGUCACGAUCAUAAUGAACCUGCUCGUCCUCUACGCAGUGAAAAGAGAGAAGAGCCUCCACACGGUCGGGAACCUCUACAUUGUCAGCUUGUCUGUGGCAGAUCUGAUCGUGGGGACCACAGUGAUGCCUCUAAACCUGGUGUAUCUGUUAGAGGAUGAGUGGAAGCUUGGACGGGCAGUCUGCCAAUUUUGGCUUAUUAUGGACUACGUGGCAAGCACAGCUUCAAUCUUCAGCUUGUUUAUUCUGUGUUUGGACCGGUACCGCUCUGUCAGACAGCCGCUCAAGUACCUGAAAUAUCGAACGAGAGGUAAAGCCAGCGUGAUGAUUUCUGGUGCCUGGCUGCUGUCAAUGAUGUGGAUUAUUCCAAUUUUAGGAUGGAGGUCUUUCACACAUGUAGACCUUAAACCCGAGGAGGAGAACAAGUGUGACACAGAUUUCCGCUUUGUCACAUGGUUUAAGGUUAUCACUGCCGUCUUCAACUUCUACGUGCCCUCAAUUUUGAUGCUGUGGUUUUACACGCACAUCUACUUGGCGGUGAGGCAACAUCUCAGGGACAGAGAGAGAAUCAUUCAUCCGACAGACUCAUUUGGGGAGAAUGAGAAUGGACAACAUGCCCAAUCGGCAGUGAAAAAUGACUCCAAAUCACCCAACAGGAGACGUGACAUUCCAAUGAAACUCUCUAAAAAACAGCGCUUGUUGGACCAGAACACUCUAGAUCAGCCGUAUUCCCUGGAGGAUGCUGAUAGAGCUAAAACGGCUUCAUGUAGAUCUCACAGAAAAAUUGGUGUAAAGGGCCAACAGACAUCAUUGCUUGCCAUGACAACUAAACGACUCAGAAUGGCACAAAAGGUCAAAAAGUGCUCUCUGUCUCCUGAGGAGAAGGAGUCAGACAUUCCUUUAAGUCGACCUUCGGUGCCACAGGACAUAAUUAGCUCAGAGGGGAAUAACGACUACAAACUCCAAACGUCUUUGAACGAAUGUCACGUCACAGUGCCAAAGUCAGUGAGCGGCGUGUGUGAUAUCAGUCAGGUUUCAGACGUGCAGAGAUACACCUCUGUGCUCGACAACAACUACGACCCUGGUCACGCUCUGCCCUGGACGGAGGAAGGGGUCGAAGAUGCCAAAUUGGACCCAGCUAACGCUGUGACUCUGAGGCAGACGUGGCAAAGGUUUAUUGACCAAUCACGUCAGCGUAUCCAAAGCCUGAGGAUCCAUAAAGAGCACAAGGCAGCCAAGCAGUUGGGUUUUAUAAUAGCUGCUUUCUUGCUGUGUUGGAUCCCGUACUUCAUAGCUUUCAUGGUCAUGGCGUUCUGCAGAGAAUGCGUACACCACGACUUGCACAUGUUCACCAUAUGGUUAGGUUACAUCAACUCCACUCUCAACCCUUUUAUAUACCCGCUUUGCAACGGCAACUUCAAACGAGUCUUCAAGAAUAUCCUCAACAUUCAUUUGUGACAGAUAGUGACAGGCAGAGCAAAGAGGCAGAACAAAAUCAUGGGUGUCUAAAUGCUGCUGACAUUCACAGAUAAUUGGAGGGGACGGCUGUUGCAUCGAUUAAAUGUCUUUAAUACCCUUGCAUGGGUGAGCUUUUUCAGUGUAGAUGAAACUGUACAUGUAUUUUGAGCGUCAUUUGUUUUUAUUUGUUUUAAAUCUGAUUUUUGUUACUCACUGCCCUCUGAUUCAGACUCAUGGCAACAGUUGAGGGUAAUGUCUGUCUUAAAUGUUAUUUAUUUUGUCUAUGUUAUGCUAAUGAUAAUAAAGUGUGUCUAAGAGCAGAGACCUUCAAACUCAAAAGAAUUUGACCUCUUACCCUCAGAAAACAUGACCACGAGUCCAGUGUAUUGGCUCUAGUCCAGGGGGGAGGAAAACUAUGUCUAAAAUGUGUUUUUAAAGAAAAUAUUUUUAUUUAUUUAUUUAUUGUUUUUUGCACUAUCAAUGUACAGAACCCAAAAUGUAACAUGAUACAAAAACAUUUUUGCACAUUUAUGAGCAACUGCCAAAUUGUUUUCCCAUCAUUAAAACAGGAUAUGGGACAUUAGUUGUCCUUUUUCAUGUCAGUCCAGGAAAAACAAAAAUCUUGCCAAGGGUAAACUCUAAUCUGUAACCCCAGGGACAGCUGAUCUGGGAUCUGUGAAGUUGUUCCCUUAUUUCACCCUUCUUUUAAGAGUUUUUAAA